AUGACGGGCUUAUUGAAUGAUGGCGAUAUGGAACUUCUGAAAAGUGUUCAUGCAACAAAUAUCCACUCUAUACAGAGGUUAGUAUUCGCAGAUAUGAAACUAGAAAAUAUGGGUGCCGAUGUAACUCAAGGUAGCAAGAUGGCCUCCAUAGAAGGUGCCAAGUUAAAAUUAACUUCGGUCAUUAAUGUACCUGAUUUACUGGAUAUUUCGUCAAAUUCAAGCACGGAUAAUACUUCCUCCGCUGAUGAGAAUUACAAAAUCGUUCCUAAUGCGAUAGAAACCUUCUAUCACAAUACAAUUCGCCUCUUCAUUAUUCGAUUUUCUAUAUCUUGUUUCCAAAGCACAAUUCUCUCUUUGGACGGAAUUUAUUAA